UAGACAGGGGCACAUGCGGAAAUCUGGCUGGCACUCAGCGUUCUCAUUAAAGAAUUGUUUCACUGCUCGGAAGGAGUUUUGUUACCCAGGCCCGUCAAGCUUACUGGGAGCGGAGCCCAAAGCCAGGGAAGUGCGGCUGGACAUGGGUCAGAACGCUUCACAGCGGUCAAACGAUCCUCACAUCUUCCCGAGGCUCCAAGUUAACCAGGUGAUGUUCCUGCCUCCAGCAGGCCUUUUCUGAGAACUCACACCCUCCCAUCCGGUCGCGCAUUGGAAAACUUUGAUCAGAUGGUUCUCUCCAGUUUUGGAACUCUGGAAAGUCAGCAAGAUUUACGGUCCCCACAGUUUGAAGAAUUUAAUGGGAAACCGGACUCACUCUAUUUCAAUGACGGCCAGCGAAGAAUCGACUUUGUUCUAGUGUAUGAAGAUGAAAGUAGAAAAGAGACCAAUAAAAAGGGUUCCAAUGAAAAACAAAGGAAAAAAAGACAAGCAUAUGAAUCUAACCUCAUCCAUGACGGCCUGCAGCUAGAAGCAACAAGAUCGGUUUUGGAUGACAGGCUUGUAUUUGUGAAGGUGCAUGCCCCAUGGGAGGUGUUGUGUACAUAUGCAGAGUUAAUGCAUAUCAAAUUACCUCUGAAACCCAAUGAUCUGAAGACCCGGUCUUCAGCCUUCGGUAACUUCACCUGGUUUAGCAAAGUCCUCCAAGUGGAUGAAAGUAUCAUCAAGCCAGAGCAAGAGUUUUUCACUGCCCCAUUUGAGAAGAACCGGAUGAAUGAUUUUUAUAUUCAUGAUAAAGAUACCUUCUUUAAUCCAGCCACCAGAAGCCGCAUUGUUUACUUCAUCCUCUCUCGAAUCAAGUAUCAAGUGAGAGAAAACGUUAAAAAGUUUGGAAUUAACAAACUUGUCAGUUCUGGAAUCUACAAGGCAGCUUUCCCUCUUCAUGAUUGCAACUUCAGCUGUCCGUCAGAAGAUUUCAGCUGCCCGAAUGAACGGUACCUUCUGUACAUGGAGUGGGCUCAUCCUCGAAGCAUAUACAAAAAGCAGCCCUUGGAUCUUAUCAGGAAAUACUACGGAGAGAAGAUAGGAAUCUACUUUGCGUGGCUGGGCUACUACACGCAGAUGCUCCUCCUGGCAGCGGUCGUGGGCGUGGCUUGCUUUCUCUACGGAUUCGUGAAUCGAAACAACUGCACCUGGAGCAAAGAAGUUUGUGAUCCUAAUAUUGGCGGCAACAUAGUAAUGUGUCCUCAGUGUGAUAACCUUUGUCCUUUCUGGAAACUCAAUAUUACUUGUGAGUCCUCACAGAAAUUGUGCAUCUUCGACAGUUUUGGAACGCUAGUCUUCGCAGUAUUUAUGGGGGUAUGGGUUACCUUGUUUUUGGAGUUUUGGAAGCGGCGCCAGGCAGAACUUGAGUAUGAAUGGGACACUGUUGAGCUACAGCAGGAAGAACAACCCCGGCCAGAAUAUGAGGCGCGUUGUACUCACGUGGUGAUAAAUGAGAUUACUCAGGAAGAAGAGCGCGUUCCCUUCACGACCUGGGGGAAGUGCAUACGCGCGGUCCUCUGUGCCAGCGCCGUCUUAUUCUGGAUCCUACUGAUCAUUGCUUCAGUUAUUGGGAUCAUUGUCUACAGACUCUCAGUGUUCAUUGUAUUUUCUGCAAAACUGCCCAAGAACUUCAAUGGAACAGACCCAAUUCAGAAGUACCUGACUCCACAGACAGCCACGUCCAUCACCGCCUCCCUGAUCAGCUUUGUCAUCAUCAUGAUUCUGAACAUCAUCUAUGAAAAAGUGGCAAUCAUGAUUACUAAUUUUGAACUCCCAAGGACCCAGACUGAUUAUGAGAACAGCCUAACCAUGAAGAUGUUCUUAUUCCAGUUUGUCAACUACUACUCUUCGUGUUUCUACAUCGCAUUCUUUAAGGGCAAAUUUGUAGGUUAUCCUGGAGAUCCAGUUUAUUGGCUGGGAAAAUACAGAAAUGAAGAGUGUGACCCAGGUGGCUGUCUCUUUGAGCUGACAACGCAACUGACAAUAAUCAUGGGAGGAAAAGCAAUCUUGAAUAACAUCCAAGAGGUGUUACUUCCCUGGGUGAAGAAUCUAAUCGGACGUUGUCGCACCGUUUCGGGCUCAGAAAAGAUAAGCCCGCGAUGGGAACAGGACUACCACCUGCAACUCAUGGGCAGACUGGGGUUAUUUUAUGAAUAUCUUGAAAUGAUUAUUCAGUUUGGCUUUGUCACCUUAUUUGUGGCCUCUUUUCCACUGGCCCCUCUGUUGGCUCUGGUGAACAACAUACUGGAAAUAAGAGUGGAUGCGUGGAAAAUGACUACCCAGUAUAGGCGCAUGGUGCCAGAAAAGGCCCAGGACAUCGGCGCGUGGCAGCCCAUCAUGCAGGGGAUAGCCAUUCUAGCUGUGGUGACCAACGCCAUGAUUAUUGCUUUCACAUCAGACAUGAUCCCCCGCCUGGUAUAUUAUUGGUCCUUCUCUGUCCCUCCCUAUGGGAACCACACCCACUACACCAUGGAGGGAUACAUCAACAAUACUCUCUCCAUCUUCAACAUUGCGGACUUCAAAAACAGAAGCAAGGGAAAUCCAUACUCUGGGCUUGGUGACCAUACCACAUGCAGGUAUCGUGAUUUCCGGUACCCUCCUGGACACCCCCAGGAGUAUAAACACAACAUCUACUACUGGCACGUGAUCGCAGCCAAGCUGGCUUUCAUCAUCGUCAUGGAGCAUAUCAUCUACUCUGUGAAAUUUUUCCUGUCAUAUGCAAUUCCAGACGUAUCGAAAAGCACGAAGAGCAAGAUCAAGAGGGAAAAAUACCUAACCCAAAAGCUGCUUCAUGAGAAUCACCUCAAAGAUAUGACUAAAAAUAUGGGGGUCAUCGCUGAGAGCAUAAUAGGAGCAAUAGAUAACAAUUUACGACCAAAAUUAGAAUAAGAGUUUUAUGUUCUGAGAAGCACUUUAAAGAAUUUUGCUCUGUCAAAAAAUACUAUGAAUCUCUAAUGAGAAUGCUUAAAAAUCACCCCUUCUGCGGCAGAAUGGAUUCUUGUUUUCCAAUACCUUUUGUAGGGGAAAACAAGAUAAUAAAAAGGAAUCAAGUAACCUUUUGAUUAUUUUUAGGGAGUGUUUCAUUUCUUCACUUUGCCGGAUCUGUGCCAGCUGUCUCCCCCUCACAGGGCCGUCACCAAAGGCGAGACAUGCUAGUCUCUGCAUGAUUAAAAAUCACUAACUCAGAAUUCAGCCUGAAUGCUGUAUUAAGUGGCAGAUAGACUCGAGAAUUCAUGAUACUUAGAGGUAUUAUCACAGCCCUACAGAAAAGGAAACCUCAGUUAACAGGAAAUGGUUUCGGUCUUCAUUUUGGCCUCUCUGUCCAUCUCGAAACGCUCUUCGUGGAGCGGGCCAGGACAGCGAGGCCUGCAGCGUGUCCGUGCUAACCCACCGAGACGCUGAUUGUCUCCCUGGAGCCAUCCCAGGACGCUGUGCCUGAUCAAUGUGGACUGCUUUGCAGCUCUGAAGGGAAUAAGACGACAAGAGCUGGGAAAGUUACAGAUUCAAAUAGAAUUGUAACACCUAUUGAUCAGGAUAAUUAAUUUACCUCCUCUAAAGAUGUGUAGUUUCUUGAAUAAAAAAGGAAUUAAAAUUACAUUUCUAUCAGCCUAAUGGUCUGGAAAAGAUAAGCCCAUCAAUUUCCCACCAGUUGCCCUUUACCCGUUUGCUACAGGAUGUACAGUAUUACAGGUCACAAGCACCAUCGCAAAGGGCUGGCUGUGACAUCAUGGUGCCGUGCGUGGUUAAGAGACCACCAAGUGCCCUAAUGGUGAGCCACGCUGCGUCCCUGGACGGGGAGCACCUUUCAGCAGGGAUUCUGCUCAUCCAUACACUCGGCACACCAAAGCCUCUGCCCUAGGAAGCUCCUUGCACCCUCCGUUCUCCUAUUUCCAACCCAGUAACGUGUUUGUAUUGCACAUUUGCACCGGGGAGCAUAUGAGGGGAGGGAGGGGGAAAGACAGGAGUAGGUCCAGAUUAUUCCCGAUCAAGAAAAGACUCUGGUCCUGGCCGGUUUGGCUCAGCAGUUAGAGUGUUGACCCGCGGACCAAUGAGUCUCAGGUUUGAUUCCAGCCAAGGGCAUGUACCUCAGUUGCAGUUC